UUAAUUAAUUAUUAAAUUUUCUUAUUGACUCUCAUCUCAACUCCAACUCUACGGAAACAAUUUACAGUCACUGGAGAGCUACCAGUCCUCUCAGCACCGACUCCUAUAGCCCACCAAUACAGGCGUCACUUCACUGCCUGUCAGUCAAAAGGACCGCAAGAAUCGCAUUCAAGACUCCAAUUAUCGCAAAACAAUAACAAUAAUCGACUCGUUAUUACACAAAACUUUUCGCUACCGUAUAGUUGUGUGAACAGUGCGAGACAACCACCGGGUCCUUUCAAUAUGCCGACCACUGAGGGCACCGGUAGUGAUAAGCCGACGAUAGUGGACAACCACGACGGCACCAUUAGUGUGCGCUAUGACCCCAAACAGGAGGGCAACUAUGAGCUACAGAUUAAGCAUAAUAAUGAACACAUCGACGGGAGUCCCUUCAAGUUCUACAUCGACUCCACUAAUAAGGGAACUGUCACUGCAUUCGGACCGGGUCUAACCCAUGGCGCUGCCGGUGAUCCGUGCGCUUUCACGGUGUACACGAAGGGUGCCGGUGCCGGGAACCUACAGGUGGCAGUGGAGGGGCCGUCCAAAGCGGACAUACAGUGCAAGGACAACAAGGACGGCACGAUAAGCGUCUCG